AUGGACCCGAAGGACGACACGCCUUUGGUCAGCGCUUCUAACCGGCCGACACGGAAGAGGAAGCAAAGCAAAACCCAUAGGGGCCAAGACGGGAGCAAGAAUGGCAGGAAAAGGGGCAUCCUCGUGCGGCAGGAAGGUCAGCCUUCACUGACAUGGCUCCUCCCAGGAGCUGCCAGGGCGCAGCGCCGUCCGUUACCUCGCCCAACGAAACCUCCACCACCAGGCAUCACUCCUCAGAGAAGGAUUGGCGUUUGGAGGCGAGUGCGCGAGGGAGGAGACACGGGGACGGCCGUCUUCGUGACGCUUGAGGGCGAGAUCGCCACCAAGCCUCACAGCUACCACGCUGCCCAGCGAGAUGAAGCAAUUCUUGCCGCUGCGGGGAUCCGUGGACGCGGCAAAGGGAGCCGUAUAGAAGUCCCGGAGAGCGUCCCUCCUAGUCUCUACCCAUGGCAAGCGCAGUGCCUGCAUCUGGCGCUGCCUAGGAAGCGUCAAGCAGCCAACACAGAAGGAGCGGUUCCGUGGAGAUCUCUGGUGUACUGCGCCCCGACAUCAGGCGGGAAGAGUCUUGUGGCUGAAGUGCUGAUUUCCCGACGCCUUUUGUUCGAAGGCGUGCGUUCGCUAGUUGUGGUGCCGCAUGUCUCUCUUUGCGCGGAAAAAGUCCAGCACCUGCGCCAACUGCUGGGCCCGUUGACGCUGCGCAUCGAAGCCUUCCACGCGGGAGCCAGGACCCCGCUGUUGUUGUCCUGUGUUGUGGAGUUAAUAGAUGCAGCGUCGAACUGGUACGCUGGAAUAGAUGUGGCGGUCUGCACACUGGAGAAGGCAAAUAUGAUUAUCAACAGAUUAGUGCUGGAUUUGCUGGUCCCCGAGGCCGCAACGGCAGAGGACGCAGAAGCGAUUCCGGAGCCGCCUAUUAAAUGUGAGCUGCCUGAGAAUGGCUGUGAUCUCGGCACUUUGGAUGAGAGUUAUUCCUGGGCAAGCGAGUGGUGGGACAGCGUGUGUCGCCGCAUGCCUGCCGUUGGGGAGCACUUCCCCGUAGGCCUGGUUUGUGUCGACGAACUUCAUUUCGUUGGAGAUCCCCAGAGGGGCCAUCUACUCGAGAUGCUACUGGCGAAGCUGCUGUUUCUAAAUCGUUCCCUCAAACGGCCUAUUCAACUAGUUGGCAUGUCCGCCACCCUCCCAAAUGCUCCUCAAGUUGCAAAAUGGCUUGAUGCAGAGUUGUUCGUCACGGAGGAGCGUCCCUCCCCCCUCGACAUAUUUGUCAAGGUUGGUCCAGAGGUGUUUUCGUGGGACAAAGCUGCAGGAUUGCAACUCAGCCGUAAACUCCAUGACGGAUCUCUUUCUCUGCCCCCAGUUGGGGAGGCGGCAACAAACGCUGCAGCAAGGGCAGUACGCUUGGCUGCUUCUCAGUACGCCGCUGUCGCAACUGGACCAUUACUGGCCACUGCACAGGUCACAGCCAACGCGAAUAUGGCCGCAGAUCACGCUUCAAUUGCUGCUGGAGCUCUGCGUUUUAUAAGAGAGCAAGCUGAUGCCUCCGCCCAGACGCCCUCCCUUACACGGGACGGGGUUGGGGCUGAGUCGGCCGGAGAGCCAAAAGGAGCAGUCACAGAAGGAAUUCGCUGUGGGUGGCAGACGGAUGCUGAGCACUUGGGGAUGCUAACAUGGGAAAUGUUGCGCGAAGGCCGCAGAGUCAUAAUCUUCUGCCCGACUCAGGAGUGGACAGCCCGCACAGCAUCAUUCCUCGCCAAAGUUCUGCCGUUCUACAGACGAGCGGAGGCAUGGGCUGAUCUGGUUAGGCAACGUGCUGCCUUGUGUCUCAAGAAGAAAACGUUGGAGUGCGCGGGCUCACCACUGCUGCAUCGUCAGGCCCCAAAAGGCGCUUCCGAUGUGCAGCAGGAUCGCGUGAACUGCUUAUUGCAACAGCAGAAGCAGGCACAGCGGGAAGCAAUGAAGGAGCUUCUUGCCAUGCCCGUCAGUAUGCUUGCCCAGUUGCUGGUACGAAGUCCUCACCUGUUUGUUGAACCGCAGAAUAUCAGAGGACGCGAAGAGCUCCAGUGGCAGCUCAAGGAGCUUUCCCUUAUUAAUUCGGAAACUAUGCUGGCGGCAGUUCGUGAGGGGGUUGCGUAUCAUCACGCCGGCUUGACGGGAGAGGAGAGGGCGUUGUUGGAGGCGGGAUAUCGCAGAGGCCACUUGAAUGUACUGUGCGCGACUUCGACGCUUGCCCUGGGCGUCAACUUGCCUGCUGCUCGCGUCAUAAUCCGGGCUCCGCACUUCGGACGAGAUGAGCUUCUGUCUCCAGGCCGUUUUCACCAGAUGGCCGGGCGCGCGGGCCGAAAGGGGCUUGAACACCGGGGAGACGCGUACUUGAUUUGCUCCCCUGCCAAUUUGCCGCAUGUUCGGAAUCUCCUUAUGGCCGUCGCUGCUGCGGAUCCAUCUGGUAGUGGAGGCUCUCACUCUAGUCCAGGCGAUACGGAAACGAGCUCACACCUGAGGGGGCAGCAUCUCUGUCGUUUCUUCCUUGAGGCUGUGCACGUGCUUCUACCUCUACUCCGUAACUCGAGGGAGACCUCUUGUCGGUUACGAAGCUCUGCAUUCGUCGAUGUGGUUGCUAUUAUGCUAUAUUGCACCCUUCGAGGCCGCCAGGAUCCGCACAGGAUGAUUGUGGAAGAAGCUGCAGAGGCUGCCCGCUACCUGCACGCAUAUUACCUGAUUGAAGCUGAGCCCAGUGACACGUCGCCUACCUUGCAGAGCGACGGACAGACUCUUGCCAAUGGCUCCUCUGGCUCCUCCGCAUUUUCACAAGGUCCAGCACUCGGUGUUGCUGCUGGGGUGACGACAAGGUCCAAAUUGGCCAGCGGGUCAGGGCAGUCCAUCAGUGCUGUGACGGUCGCCCCUGGCGAACGCAAGCACAUACUGCGCUCUCUUGCCUUCCCUUCCUCGUGCUUGCCAGCUACCUGCAAGUUGUUGCUGCAGCAAUACCCAUGUCUCCGUUCGCCUGUAGUCCUGGCUCGGCUGCUGCAACGAUGCGAUGUCAGCAAGAUACCCACUGAAAGACUUCCUGACGACGCAUUUGGAUCGAGCGUCUGCCUUCAUUUCCGCGGUCUUAAGGAGUUAGCUGCCCAAUUGAGCUCGGGUGGGGACCCAGUCGCUGGCUUGAAGAUGAAUGAACCCGAUGGGAAGGGAAUGAACUGGAGAGAUAUAGGGGGCAGACUUGCAGUAACAGAGGUCGGAGGCGCGGCAGUCGAGGCCGGAAUCACUCCAUGGGAAGCAGCUGAAAUAUUUGCUGACGUUUUCAAGACGAGUGUUCUGGGUCUCUGUGCGGACAUGGAGCUCCACCUUAUCUUUCUUGCGGCCGUCGCAGUUGGUGGCGAAAUGCAGCCACACUGGCAGUCGUAUCUCUCCAUCUACGACAAGCUCGACCCAGCUUGCAGGCGGGUUGCCGACGCGUUGGGGAUCAGGAGGCUGGUCAUUUCCAGAGAGGCCAUAAAGGCACAAGGCGCACCUCGCCGAUGCAUCAACGACACUGCGGACCUGUUGCUUUUUGACCACCUUACGUUUACCCAGCUGCAAGCGCGCGUAGAGCUAGAAACCCACCGUCGCUUUUUCUUUGCCCUUCUGCUGCACGACGUGUAUCGAGAAGGUGAAGCUUACGAGACUGCCAUGCGCAGGUUCGGUAUCUCGCGAAGUACACUGAUGGCUUGCGCAACACAGGGAGCGCUCAUCGCGGCCACCGUCGCCUCGUUCUUGCGCGUCCUUCGCCCCCAAGAGGCGGCGUUAUCCGAAGUUUGCUUUGUGCUGGCAGGGAAGCUUAAGCUUACCUGUUCGCCUGUUGGGGCGCUAGCUUCCGCCUUGACAGACUCUUCCCGUCGGUGCAAAGAUAACCACGAAGCUACGAAUAGUGAAGAGGGGAGCCCAUCUGCUCUCCAGCAGCUCCUGCAGCUAGAAGGCAUGACUCCGGGGCGUGCAGCCGCUCUUCGCGCCGCGCAUAUAUACACCUGUGCCCAUAUUGCCAACACGCCGCUGUAUGAUCUAUACAAGGCAUUAGAAGCAGCUGAACCCGCUGACCUCGCCCCAGCAGAGCUUGUAGCGCAAGGGGACCAGGUUUCGGGGUCAAAGAUUCGCCGACAGCGCGCACGCUUGUUUGCUGUCAGCGUGAAACUCAAGGACUCAGCGCAAAAAGAACAAGAGAUGCGGUUGCAGGCGUUGGAGGAUGAAGCAGCGGGGCACUGGUCGUUGGUCGGGAAAGUCACCGACAACUCGGGAGACGAAGGUGACUCAGUAACAGUCAGCAUCCAUAGCUGA